AAUGAAACUGUCAUUUGCACCAACGAUCAUAUGGAGGUGGUUAUACCCAGUGCUUUCUUCCUCAACAAAGAGCCUCCAGUUUAUGUUUGGGAUUUACAUUUAAAUGAUCCUGAGUGCCGCGGCGUUGAGGUCGGAGACGACUACGUCUUCAGCAUAAAGACCAAUCUGUCCGACUGUGGGACUAUAAUGGCCUCGGAUGACACACACAUCAUGUUCAUCAACACCAUACACAACAACGACUCAGAGGUCAUCACGAGAAACUACAUCAACAUAACGUUUGUGUGUCGCUACCCUGUCAAUUACAUGGUGCAGCAACCCAACGGGGUAAACAUGAUCAAGGUGGACGUCAGAACGAUAACUCUAAACACGGAGGACGGGAACUUCUCCGUGUCCAUGUUGUUGUACAAAGACGAAGCCUUCCAGGACAAAUGGACGACUGUGCCCUCGCUGACCCUGGAGGACGACAUCUUCGUGAAGGUUUUCAUGGUACCGGCUGACCUGAUGCUGCGGAUCGAGAGGUGCUGGGCCACACCGACCAGUGACCCCUACAGCAACAUACAGUACACCUUCAUCAGGGACAGCUGCCCGGUGCUGUCCAACGAGCAGACCCUGAGUGUGCUGAAGAAUGGCCAGGGUCCGGAGGCCUUGUUCAGGAUACAAAUGUUUAAGUUUGUCGGCAGCUCCUACGCCAACGUCUUUCUCCACUGCAACAUCCAGAUCUGCCACAACGCUCCGGGGCUGUGUCAGCCUAACUGCUCUGGUGAAGUCACAGUAAUGAGGAUGCGCAGAGACGUCCCACUGUCCCACACUGUGUCUUAUGGACCAAUCAGACGACUACUAAACAGUGAAAAGCCCAAUCUGAAUGCAGGCGGAGUCCCCCCCGUGGCGACGUUUGUCCUCGGAGGGCUGCUGGUGGUCCUGCUGCUUAUCACAGGGUUGUUCGGGAGGCUGUGGCUGCGCUCCAGACGUUUCUACCCGGCCCGGGAGGCGCAGCUCACUCUGUCCAACAUUCACCACAUCUCAGAGGUGGCCUCGUGAAUCAGGCGAUCCGGAACUUUCUCAGCUGACGAAUGGACAAACAAACACGUGGUCACACAUGUACAAAUGCAAAAGAAAAUGCACACUUGUGAUUUAUGAUAAUGACGAGAGUCUUGCAGGUGUUUUUCUUUAUAAAAUGUUUUUGUUUUUAAA